AUGGCCAGCAUAGUAUGGUCGCCAGGUCCUUCCACGCCUCCCCGCAAAGAGACAAAUGAUCACCGUCGCUCUGGAAAAUUCCGCCCUCUGCCUCUUCGUGUCCGCACAUAUUCCGUAGCGGGCAAUUCGAGCCCCGGACGCGACGACCAUCGCGAUGCCAAUCAUCCUCGAAACAAAUCUACCUCGAAUGCACUGGAUGUCGGGCAACUCAGUCCCAGCGUGAACGCCCGCAUGGUUCCGCAUCCACAUGUAAACGACCUUGACCUAGAUAGUUCAGUAGAUGGAAAGAAUGUCACACUGGCGCCCAGCCCGAACUUCAAGUCUGCCAACCCGUCUCCGCCAUUGACGCCCCAAUCGACGAAAAGCCCGGAACCUAGCAACGAUGAGCACGCCGAUGUCAUCCAUUACGAUUUCAGCAAGAUCGACUAUGAACUGGAACGAGCAAAAGUUCUUGGAUCUGGUCUCUGGAGCACUGUGUAUCUCGCUCAGCCUAAAUCCAGCAUUGCCAUCGAUUAUGACUCACCGCCCAGCACUCCCCGUCAGACAAGGGGCCCUUCAGCGCCGAGCCUGUUCGCCGUCAAGCAGCCUAGCCGCAGCGAUGCGAGACAUGUGUUCAUUCAAGAAGCUCGUGUUCUCAGCCGGAUUCAAACGCGAGAGAACGCCAGUCAAUUCGUGGUUACAUUCUAUGGUAUGGACCAGCGAAACGGCAAUCUGAUUUUUGAAGCUGUCAUUGGCGGCAGUCUGGAGAAUCUCGCCGCGCGACUUAAGCAAAUGACAGAAGUGGCUCGGCAUGUCGAGCUCAUUGCCACAUUCCCGGGUAUAGCUGUAGAUCUUGUCAACGGGCUCUCGUUUCUGCAUGCCGAGGGAGUCGUGCAUGCCGAUAUCAAAUCCGCCAACAUCUUGCUGGACAUGUAUGAGCAGUUCGGACAGACCCGACCCGUGAUACGUGCGCGAUACAUCGACUUCUCUGCGGCAUUUAUGCCCGCGUACGGCGACUCCGACGCGAACGCUGGCGGCACUUGGGACUUUUUGGCGCCAGAGCAGCUGCGUGUUACGCGCCAAGAUUUGAGUACACCGACGCCUGCUAGUGACGUAUGGAGCUUGGGUUUGACGUUGCUUGCCAUCAUUGUCGGUGGCUCGCCCUACGAGGCGGCUUGUAACGGCAAUGUCUUUAUGCUCAGAGAGGCCAUCAAGGCUGGCGACCCGUUAGGAUUUGCCCGGAUGGAUCCGGUGUCCCGUAAGCGGCUGCUUGCAUGUCAAGAUUUUGUUGACUGUUGUCGUUUAGCACUGAAGAAAGAUCGAGAGAAUCGUGUGACCGCUGAGGAGUGGGCUGCGUGGUUGGAAGCACAGCAGCUCGAGAUGUGA